AUGGAUGAAGAAUCAGAAGUUACUGAAGUUGAAGCUCUAAUUUUUGAGUCUGGUGAUGAGAUUACAACCCUUCAAUCUAGAAUCAUUACUUCUAGUAAUAUUUCUAAAGCUCAGAUCUAUGAUUCAGAUGAAUUAGAUUAUCUUGGUUGA